UGGGACGUUCUGGGGAUGAUGUUCCAGCCGAGCGGCAUCUACAUGAGUGGCGAGACCCGGGGAGAGAUCCGGGAACUGCGGCCUGACGCUACCAGUUUGGUCAACUUGGCAUCCGUUACGCUUGUCCAACAUCACAUUGGAGAUACCAGAUCACCUUUCUUAUAUGAAGUCGAACGUCUCGUUCCAAAAUGGCUCGAACUUUCUGGAGACCCUGGGCCCAGGAAGCUCAGUGCCCAUCUCUCUUUGGAUAGAUGCUCCCCAUGCUUUCAAUGCAUAUUUUGUUAUAAGAGCGCGUACAGAGCUGGGAACUGAGACUACAGCAACAGUUUUCCUCGACUACAAAUACUCACUGCCCAACAUUGAAGUUCAACCGGGGUCACUGAGCAUGCGGGUGCUCAGAGGGAAGCCUUCCUUAGCAGAGCUGUCGGUGACAAACACGGGAAAGGUCACGGCCGAGCAAGUGAGCAUCACCUUGCCCGGCGGAGACCUCCUCUACCUGGUGAGCUUUGCCAGGAAUGGCUCCCGUCAGAACGACGGCGCCCCGCCACUCAGCCUGGCUCAUGGCGAGCGGGCCACCCUCAUGCUCUCCAUCGCCGUGCCGGAGAGCCAGCCGCUGGGGGAGAUCGCCGGGAGUUUUUACGUCGCUUCGACUGAGACCUCAACGACUGUGCCAUUCACCAUCGUCGUCUCUUCCGACCAGCUACUGUCUGUGGAGGUGAUGGUGGAAGACGAGUACACCUACUUUGUCGCGGGCCACCCCCUCGUCCCCAACGCCGUAGUGCUGCUCAACAACCCUUCACGUGGCGUGCGCCUCGCAAUGAGCACGGCGGAAGGCAACGGGACGGCAACCUUCUCCAACGUGACGGAGGACCGUUACGAGGUGUAUGUGGAGGCUCCACGUCACGUCCCCUACUCUGGGGUCGCAGUGUUCUCCGACCACAAUUCGCAGCUCAUCAUUUUCCUUCAGCGGAUAGCGGUCGUGUACACGUGGAGUGUGCAAAUGACGACGUUCAAAGACGAGUACAUCAUCACGCUGGAAGCAGAUUUCGAAACACACGUCCCGGAGCCCGUCGUGACGAUAGAACCCCGCGAGGUGAAGCUGGACGACCUGCUACUGGGCGUGAUCGAACAGAUUGUGUUCAACAUCACCAACCACGGUCUCAUCAGGGCGGACAAUGUGCAGCUGAUGUUGCCCAACCACCCCAGCCUUGUCUUUACCAAGAUCAUAGACACUAUUGGGAAUGUAGAAGCCAUGACGUCGGUGCUCAUUCCAGUGAACGUUUCAACCACAACCAGAAGUAAAAGGGCAACGAUGAUCACGUGUUACUCUGCUCAAAUGAUCUACUACUACGAAUGUGGUGAACUUCGCGAGCGCAGUGCUUUUGUUGCCUUCAUAGCAGAAGCCUCAACAUGCACUCUGACGAGUGAGACUGGAGGUGUCUCAGGAGGCGUCUCAGGAGGGGCUUAUGGUGUUUUUUAUGGUCUUGGAGGGCCCCCGGUCGGAGGCUCCACGAGCGUGUCAAUGAACGCCUACGUGUCGACCCAAAUACCAUGCUUAGAAUUCAUCUGGAAUUGUGGGAAAGCCCUGUACCAGUGCGCAAAGAAACUGGUCGGUGCAUCAAAAGAGUUGAAAACGGACAAUCAAAACAGGAACAAACGGCAACUUCCUCAGAACUCCACCCAACAUUACCCGGUUGCAAAGAGGUCACUGUUGAGCAUAAUAGUGCCAGGCUGGGGAUGUCUGAUCGACGUAGUAUCACUAGCGCGGAAGGACACAAUCACAGUUGAAGACACAGUGGAUGUGAUUAUCGGAUGUGCGUGCAAUCUCUUUCCCAUUCUCAAAGUGCUCUGCACUCUUUACGACGUUGCCAGGUCGUGUCUUCGAGACGCACCAAAUAAAUGCCUGGGCUCCACCAAGAUGACACGUGGGUCUGCUGAAGAGGAUAGCCUGGCCCAGCUGGCGGAUUCACUGAGGGCGAUAGAACGACAGUGGGAUUUAGCCGUCGAAGUGUUUGGCGAUAAAGAAUGGCUGAAUGUGCAUGACGCCAAGUGGCUUAAUUACGUCUUCAAGCCCAAGAUUGAUGACGGCAGCCCCGGAGGAAUUCUCAUCCUGGACAUUGAAUAUUCAGACAUUCUAGCUAUGCCUACCCCGGGAAAUGUGAGCCAGGCCAUGGUGGAGCAGUUCCUGCAGCGAUGGAAUGACACCCACUCGCUGUGGGCUGCUGGCAUCACAGACUCGGCAAACCACUCCAACAUCAUCGACUACCAACGAUACAGCGAGCUCACUCGGGCUGUUGUCACGGACCUCAAGCUGGCAGAAGAGGCUGGAUACUCAUCCUUAGCGGAGAUGUUCCAAGUCGCCUACAAUGCCUUGGAGAAGCCCGAGGAGAAGAAGGCAGUGUGCGCCGUGGUGCGCAUCAAAAUCGAUCAAAAGCUGACCCUGACCAGAGAGGCCGUAAAGGCGACGCUGGAAAUCAACAACCAGGAGGCUUCCCCUCUCGAGAGCAUCGAGGUGAAGAUCACAAUCAAGCGGCACGACAACAAGUCCGAGUCCAACCACCUCUUCUCCAUCGGCAGCCCUGCUGUGUCAGGAGGUCUGAGCGGCGUGAGUAGAGACGGCCGGCUAGAGCCGACGUCUUCAGGGAGUGCCGAGUGGCUCAUGGUCGCCUACAGCGAGGCCGCGCCCACGCACGACACCCAGUACGACGUGUCUGGCCUCUUCUCCUACAUGCUGGGUGGAUCCUUGGUAGAGAUCCCCCUGUACCCUGAGACGAUCACCAUUGCACCUGAUCCAAGACUCACCAUACAUUACUUCUUGGAGAGAUUUGUGAAUUCAGAUGACCCAAUGACCGAUGCGGUGGAACCGUCGGUGCCAUUCACAUUGGGCGUGGCAGGUCCGCAACAAGGGCUAUGGUGUGGCCACGAAGCUGGAGAUCACCUCGGGACAGCCGGAGAUUGUUUCCAACAAGAAGGGCCUCCUGGUCAAGUUCCAGAUCAUCGGUGCAACCUUAGGCUCCGAGCCCAUGUCCAGCUCCCUGCAGGUGCUAUUCGGGGACCUACAGCCGUUCGAGACCAAGGUGGCACGCUGGUGGAUGACCAGCAGCCUCUUGGGAGAGUUCAAGAAUUACAGCGCCACCUUCCAGAAUAAGAACCCGCUGGGAGACCCACGGCUCUCGGUUCUGGACGAGCUGAAGAUCCACAAGUUGAUCCGGAAUGUGCGCAUCCCAGAUAUGGAGGACGAUGGCCUUCUGGACUUUCUUGUUGAUUCCCAGUUUGAUUCCAGAGGCCUUCCCGACAGAUUGUACAACAGCAAGGACCUGAGUUACACAGACACGUCUAUCGGGAACGUCACAGACGUGAGACGAACACGCUCGGUGGGCA